CAAUACCGGUCGGCCGGCCAGGGGCCGGCAAUUCUAUCUAUGUACGUGACGUGGGCGUGGAACAUACCGUACUCAACUCAAGUCGACAUCCCAUUCAAUAUUAAUUCAGCAAUUUUGGAGCUGUUUCAUUCAUUGAUUGUACUCACUACUGAUCUGAUAUCACCAUGAGUUAUCCAGGCUAUCCACCAGCAGGAGGGCCAGGCUACCCCCCAGCAGGCCCUGGUUACCCCCCUGCUCCUGGUACAUACCCGCCAGCGGGAGGGGCUCCAGGCUACCCACCAGCCGGAGUCCCAGGCUACCCCCCAACAACUGGCUACCCAACAGGUGCAGCUCCACCUCCCGCUGGAGGAGCCCCCUACGGGGCGGCUCCAGGUUACCCCCCUGCAGGCGGAGCUGGAUACCCUCCUGCCCAAGGUUAUCCAGGUUAUCCUACCGGCCAGCCAGCAGCACCAGGCUACGGUGCCCCACCCGCAGGUGGAGCCCCAGGUUACCCUCCAGCAGGAGGCUAUCCACCAGCAGGGGGUUACCCAGGUCAACAGCCUCCAGCAGGGGGUUACCCAGGUCAACAGCCUCCAGCAGUCGGGGGCUACCCGGGUCAGCAACCCCCUCCGGUAGCUGGAGGUUACCCCGUCCCAGGACAGCAACCCCCACCGGCAGCUGGGGGCUACCCCGGUCAGCAACCACCUCAGCCAGGGUAUGGCCAACCUCCUGCACCAGGCUACCCUCAGCAGCCCCCAGCAGGUGGCUAUCCCGGUGCAGCACCAGCAGCAUACGCCGCUGGUAGUGCGCCAGGGUACCCCGCUCAACCAGCCGCAGCUCAGCCUCCACCACCAUCAUCUCAACAUCUCUAUGGUGCUGCUGGUGCAACUGUCGCCGCUGCAGGUUUCGCAGCUCAAGCGCAAGACAAACCUAAGCCAAAGGCGCCUCCAGCAGUCCAGGAACCGGUGUCCUCUCAGCUCCAGAGGAUGGCCCUGACGGACCAACCGUUUGAGACCCAUGGCACCGUCAGGCCAUACCAUCCCUUCGAUGCCGAGGCUGAUGCUGCUGUCCUCCGCAAAGCCAUGAAAGGAGUUGGUACGGAUGAGAAGGCUAUUAUAAAUAUCAUAGCUAACCGGAGCAAUGAACAGCGUCAGAUAAUCAAACUUCAGUUCAAGACCAUGUAUGGCAAGGACUUGAUUCACGAUCUGAAAUCCGAGUUGAGCGGUAAACUGGAAGAUCUCAUCUUGGCCAUGUUUGUUCCCGGUCCUCAGUAUGAUGCCUAUGCUAUCCACAAGGCUAUUAAGGGUCUUGGUACGGAUGAAGAAAUCUUAAUUGAGGUCCUGUGCACCAGAACCAACAAAGAGAUACGAGAGAUCAAUGAGGAAUACAAGAAACAGUUCCAUACCACUAUGGAGAAAGAUUGCAUCGGUGACACCAGUGGACAUUUCAAGAGGCUUCUCGUCUCUAUGUGUCAGGGCAACCGUGACGAGUCAAAUACCGUAGACAUGGCCAAGGCUCAAGCAGAAGCAAGUGCCCUGUAUCAAGCCGGAGAGAAGAAGUGGGGCACCGACGAGUCCGAGUUUAACCGUAUCCUAGCAACAAGGAACUUUGCUCAGCUCAGGGCCACGUUUAAUGAGUACACAAGAAUUGCCCAGCGUGAUCUGUUGAACAGCAUUGACAGAGAGUUCUCUGGUAACAUCAAGAAUGGACUGAAAACAAUUGUGCAAUGUACAAAGAGCCGUCCAUCCUACUUUGCCGAUCGUCUCUACAGAUCCAUGAAGGGAGCCGGUACCGAUGAUGAUACCUUGAUCCGAGUUGUGGUCAGUCGCUCUGAGAUUGAUUUGGUUGAGAUCAAGAAGUCAUUCCUGGAGAAAUACCACAAGACUCUCAGCAAGAUGAUUUCUGGAGACACCAGCGGAGACUACAAGAAACUACUGCUGGCCCUGGUUGGACCUGACUGCUAGAGACAGGACUUGGACCACCUGAGCCUGACUGGGACCUCCCUGGGCCUGAUUGGACUAGACUCUAUCAGGAUCAAGACUAGUCCAGAUCCUGACUGCCAUUGGUUCUUAUACAUGGUUCUUAUGAAAUAAUAUUCUAUUUAAACCUGUACCUGGUAGCGUAAAAGUUCAAAUCAAUCUCAUGGAUGAUACUAAAUAUUAGGAUUGAUAUCUGUUGUAAGUCAGAGAUGUAUAAUUAUCCACGUUAUAGAUUGUAUCUGUAUUAUCUUUACAGAGUUUUGGAUUGGCUCCUAAGUCAGCAUUUGACUUAUUGUGUUGUGAUUGAUUGAAUCAUGGCCUAAUUGAUUGCAAAUAUGCAUUGAGAGAGAUUUGAUGCAAUCAACUUCAAUCUCUAUCCAGGGCCCCGUUAGGAGAGUUUGUUUGUCUACCUCACUGGGGUAUGAGUCACUAUCAGCUAAAAUCAAUUUUAAGUGGAAUUAAAUAAAGUCUGUGGAAUUUGAUUGGUCCACACAUAUUUGAAAUUGAUUUUUUUUCCUGUUAGCGAAACACCCUUUGGUCAACAAUUAAGACAUGGAUCCAAAUCACUUUCUUUUUUUAGUUAUCCUGAGACAAGUUAACUCGUGUUUAUGAUGGACUAGGAACCAGACCUAGAUCCAGCCUUUGUUAAGAACAUGUAUAAGACCAAGAACCAAAACUAUCCCCAAAUCAGGACAGGCAGGCCCGGGUAUAAGGUCCAUUGUGGACUUGCUAUACAGCAGGUACAUGUAUAGUGGGUGUUGCAAGAAAUUUUAAUUGAAAUCAAUUGCAUGUACAAAUUUGCAAGUCAUAUAAAUUUUACCCAUCACAAAUGAAUGUAUAACUUCUGUUGCUAGAAGCCAGACCAGUGGUCAAUGGUAAAAUUACAAUUGAUUACAAAAUUAUGAUUGAUCUUUGAUCCUAAAAUUGACAUGCAAUUGAUAGCCAGUUACUUGCAACACCACUUUAUAAUGAAUCAGUCUUUGAUAAAGCGAAGGCUGUCCGAUAUUCAACUAAUAAACCUGCCCCAAGUAGUCAUAUACAUAAAAAGUAGACUUUAUUUAGAAAGCUCUUAGACCUCAUCUGCAACAAAAAGUCCAAAUCCAAGUCAAGUGUUUAAAACAAAAUUUUUAGACUGUUCUAGAAUUGUUAUCUUAUUGACCAGUGUGCAUCAGUCCAUCUUAUUUUAUCAUAUUAUAUUCAUAAUUAUGUUUUGUAAACCUACAGAGAAUAUUUACCAAAUGAAUAAUCAUUAAUAUAUUUCAGUAUAGGAGUAGAUGCUCAUUACAUUUAGUUUAUAAAGGGUACAAUGUAGUGAUCAUGAUGUUCAACUUGUAAGUGGUGUAUUAAUAUCUUUCAACAUGAGUUCAGAAAUCAUGAUAAGUAAUUAACUUGCAAUGACCUAUAAAAUCAUGGGACAAAAUCAGAAAGAAUAUGCAAAUUGCAUUAAUUAGCAAGGUGAUUAUAUUGGCCAUGUAGUAUUUUUGCGAUGCACAUUACAAAGAAAUUUGUUUGGAACAAAAUUAUUAUAGUAAACAUAACAGCCGGAGUCAAAGGUCAUUAUAGUUGGCUCUCUCAAAACUAAUCCAGCUGGAUCAAUGCCUGCAUUAGGCAACAAUAUGAAAGUUGAAAACAUCUCAUUAUUACGAAAUUUAGUUGUAUUGCAAUAAUGUGGAUUUUCAGUCCACAGACCUGUAAAGUAGUUUUUAUAUGUGAUGCAUCCUAAAACUUUAGAUCCAUUGAACAGUCAUUUUCUUGGGAAACAAUUGGAAAGCUUAUUCAGGGUCUCAUCAACCCUCUUUACAUUGACCGGAUCAUUUUGAUUUGAUGGCAAGCAUUUUGCAAGCUUCAAUGACUGAAGAUUUGAAAUAUUUGGUUGAAAAUUUAUAACAAUCCAAGAGUAAAUUGCAUGGUCACGAAGGAAUCUGGCAUACCUUCUUUUUCUUCAUUGCAUCCAUUUCUCAGUCAUAUCACUUCAGUGUCUGAAAUCACUUCAGUUAGAAAUACAUGGCUGAAGUCUUGAUAUCAUUUCUUUUAUCAUGAAAAGUUAUUAUUUGCAGGAAGAAAAACAUGUAUAAAUUUUUUUUGUAAGAAUAUGGUAUUCUUGUAAAGUCGUUAUGGUGUGUACCACAUUAUAGAUAACACUUGUUAUUUUUCAUUAUUUUAUUUGAUUUAUUUGUCUUUUUCCAUUGUCUUUCAUUAUUGAAAGUUGAAAAAAAAAUCUGAUUUGUUUCGGACAUCAUUUCCACUGGUGAACAUAUAGUCUUAAGAGUGUUUUGAGGCAACUCAGCUGUUUCAGGGGGAAAAUAUGGCACAAAUGUCGGACUGUUAAUUCCUCAUAAUGAUGAUUAUAAAAAUGAAAGAAAAACUCUUGCCUGUUCUUGUUCAUAAUUUUGAAGGAAAAAAAUCAAAGUGUGAUGUACUUUUUAAUCUAUAUCAAUAUGAAUGAAAUUCAUCUGAAAAAUUUAUCUCAAUUUCAUAGAAAUACAAUAUUAUAUUCAAAUCUAUUCCUAUGUGAUUAUCAACCAUUCAAAGUACAUGUAUUUGAAAUUGCCUUAUAAUUUAUCAAUUAUGUACAGUAUAUGUGAUAUAUUCCGUGUGAUUUUGCAUUGUUCUAGACAUCUAGUGUUGGUGGAAGUAGAUAUUUGGUGCAUUCCGUGGUGAUCGUAUGAUAUAAAACUUUAGAUUUAUAUUUGUGUGGCAAGCAGAAGAAUAUGCAAAAAUUUAAUAAUUGAUUAAUUAGAUUUGGUAUACAUAUAUUUUGUAAUUUUCAAAUACAAUAUUUUCACAAGUUUGAGUCGCAAAGGCAGUUGUGAUUUUUUUUGGUAAUCACUUAAUGCUACUGACUGCUCCACAUGAGGCAGGAGUAGCAGCAACCCUGGCUAUAAUGGACUAUUAGCAUAGCAAGAAGAAAUAGCACUCUCUAUUGAUUAGAAAUAACCAGGGACGAAAGUUCAUCGACCUGGGGCCUAGUUUCAUAAAACUUGUUAUAUUAACAAAUUUGCAGUAACAGUUAAAGCUACUGAAAUCAUUUAAUUUGAUUGGCUGAUUGUAAACUUGUUAUAAAAAAAUGUGCAAUUGUUAUUAUAGCAAGGUUUUAUGAAACAGGCCUCAAGGCAAGAUAGUUACGAAAAGGGAUUUGUAUCAUUGCAACCACAAUAGAAAGCCAAAAAAAAAAGUUACAUGAUACAUUCAACAUGGUGCCAAAGAUUAGAAUGCUUUCAAACAGUUUUAAAAAGAUGAAGUAGUUCACAUUGUUUUUUGAAAGUAUUGUUUGUUUUAUUUCAUAUCAUUAUAUAGCUUUAUAUUACAUAUAUAGCUAUUACUUCAUUUAAAAUCUAUAUAAGAGUUAUGAUUGUGCACUUUUUCUAGCUCUGGAAUAUUAUUUAUGCUUCCGUUUUGUGCACUUGUUAUUGUUUCUGUUUACAGUUUUAGCCCCCAAAAUAGAUUACUCAUGUGCUAUAUUUGUCAUUUAUUAUAUCCUUUCUCAAUAUACCGGAAAACAGCAUAAUGUAUGUAUAGCUUGAAGGUGUAAUUAGCUGGAUAAAUAGUGCAUAUUCCUUGAUGGUAGUACUAGAAAACCACUAAUUUUUGUACCCACUUCUAUUUAAGGUCAAAAGAUCUAUAUGAAAGUUGUCCUUUUGUGCCUAGGGAGUGUAUGUAUGUAUGUAUUGUGCGGAUGUUUUGUGAAGAUCUACAUGAUUGUUGAUAAUAGAGAGUGUUUAUUAAUAAUAGUAUUGAUAAUGGUGAUUAUGAUGAUAAAAAUGAUGAUGAAGAGGAGUAGCAGCUGUCCCAUAGGAGAUAUAAUAAAACACACCCGGCAUAACUGGA